AUGGACAAUGAUAAUCAGUUAUCAAUCUACGUUGGGAGUGUUGAGAGAGAAAUUGAAAACAAGGGCUAUUUUUUGAAACAGGUACUCGAUGCCAUUGAAGUGCUAAAGCUCAAGCGACAUGCAGACACAGAAGAAUCUCACGGCUCCUGGCAUGAAUUUUCGAGAAAGGUAAUGUUUACUUCGGAAAGAUCUGAUCCAAUCGGACUGUGUCUUGCCUUCUGUGAAGAGCGUCUUCGUCUAAAAACGAGCAAGGAAUAUCUAACAAUGGAGCCGUUAGAUGCUCUCAAAGAAGCGCUGAAAUUUCAGAAAUCCCUGAACCGGGGACUUGAAUCCUUUAUGGAGCUAAUGAAGGUAAGAAACAAAGGCUCAGGGCCAGUGUUCGAUCAAGAGACCGGGGAUCUUACAAAACACCAAAACUCCGUUUUAUGGAGGAAGUUGCAAAUAUUUGUUGAAAACUUCUUAGCAAUUGACACAUCUUCCGAAUCGACGGAAGCAGACAUUGUUGCCGGAAAGAUAUUUGAAGUUCUAUCUCAUCUAAUAAAAGGCCAAAAAGCUGUUCAAAAAGAUUGUGUGCAACAGCAGCUCCCAGGUUUUUACAGGCUUUUAAUAAAAACUAAAUGUACAUACACUGACAAUGAGGGCUGCGUCAGAUUGAUUUUUCACGAAAGCGCGCUCUGA